AGUCCGGCGUCGCUUUGAUACAGUCGACAGUCGUCAGCUUUACUACGCGUUCGGACAUCGCGUGGGCCAUGACUGCGAAAAACAACAAAAAACCGUCGGAACCGCGCCGUGCCAAUAAACCUCUGAUGGAGAAACGCCGAAGAGCCCGAAUAAACCAGAGCCUGGCCGCCCUCAAGACGCUGAUCCUCGACACGGCAAAGGCCGACAACACGAAGCACUCCAAGCUGGAGAAGGCUGAUAUUCUAGAGCUCACCGUGCGGCACUUUCAACGGCACCGAAGUCUGGACGUCCAGGGGGUCAGUCAGUACAAAGCCGGAUACUCGGACUGCGUGAGGGAGGUCCAGAGGUACUUGGAAACGCCGGACGCUCAGACUAUGACCGUGUUAGAAGCCGGUGUGCGCCAAAGGCUUCUCAGGCACCUGGACAACUGCAUUGCGGAGGUAGACGUCGAUCUCAGGCAAGCGAGUGCUGCCCUUCCUCCUUCCCCGAUAGAGGACAGGCUGCAACCACCAGAAGCGCCUAAGCUGGUGAAGGAAGUCAAUAACAACCAGGCCAAUCGAUUGCCAGAGGCGCCUUGUGAAGAAUCGGAAGUUGUAAAACAGAAAAGUUUCGAUGGGAAUUAUGUGCUGCUUCUCCCCGAACAUUACGUUCAGCUGGCAAGCGCCCUAGGUGUCAAUUUAAGGCCACAAAACGAAACCGACUCGAAUCCAAGCACUUCGAAUUGUGACAGGCUCGAAGAAGACGUUAAGCGAAUAGAAACCCCAUUGGAUUUCAGCGGCAAGAGUAACGAUCUCGCCGAUAUGUGGAGGCCGUGGUAAUUGAGAAUGGGAUCUAGGUUUGGUCGACCUGGCGACUGGUUAGUACAAAACUAAAAAUCUAGACCUGUGUGACGACUUUCUGUGUUAUUUUUUAGUCAGACUGUAGCUAAGUCGGAUUCUUCCUGGUUUUUUAGUUGUGAUAUUUGUGCAAUAGCUGAUGGUAUUUGUGGUAUUCUUUAGCCAUAAACUGCUGUGUAGGAAGAAUUUAUGUGAUUAUUUAUUAUAGUUUGAAAUGUUGCCAGAAUACUUUCCAUUGUUUUCUUUGAAACACUUGUAAAUAUGUAAAUUUUAAGAAGGAAGUAAAUGUACAUACGAAAUGUUGGUAAUUUAUGAGUUUAUGUUUUUUGUUACGACAUAGUAUGGAUAAAUUAAAGUGUUGAAACUAUUA